GUAUGUGUGCGAGCGCGCUGGACUGAGUGGACCGUACGGGCGCGCCAGCAGACCAGCACCGCGCGCUUCACCUUCCGCAUCGCCACAUCGAUAAACGCGAUAAACACUCAUCCCGGAGCUGUCAAUCACCGCACAGCUCUGGUCCUCCCACCAGACCCGAACCCGGGACCGACACCGACACCGGCACCGAGCGAGGGAGAGCCGGGAGGGGAGGAAGAAGCGAGAGCGCGGCGGUCGAGCCCUCCUCAGGAGAGGGAUUUGAGCGAGUGGCUGCAAUUUAAGUGGGAGCUCAGAGAUUAACUCGCUGUCGGGCGGGAGGGAGGGAGAGGGAGAAGGGGGUGUCACGGUUGCACGGAGAGAGAGGGAUGUAUCGUGUCUAUCUCUCUCUCGCUGUGGGCGCUCGACUCUCUUGGUCAGAGCUGCGAUGUAGCACUCUCUGGCGCUGCCAGAGACCAGGAUACCGCCGCCCGCCGCCCGCCGCUGUCCCCCACUCUCUGCUCACCUGGCCGACCGCAGGACGCCCAAGCUGGACCAGGUGGGUCCUGCUCGACGCGUGUCCCAGUCGUCACUCGGGAGGGCUUGUGACAGGAUCGCGUGGGGUCGGAACAGCAGCUCCAGCUUCUCCAGCGCCGACAGACUUCAAAGUGUGUGCCGUCAUGCCAUUUGGAUGCCUGGCCAUCCGAGAUGGGCGGACCUACAACAGCCUAUCGGAGAUCACCGACAAGUACGAGAUCGGGCAGAUCCUGAGGGCGAAGGAGUUCUGUGAGCUGUGCUUGGCCAAGGAGAGGCAGACCGACAAGGUGUUCAUCUGUAAGAAGUUCCUCAAGAAGGAUGGAAAAAAAGUGCGCAAGGCAGCCAAGAACGAGAUCAUGAUCCUGAAAAUUGCCCUCUGCACACUGACCCUGUUCCAGAGCACAGUGCCCUGCAGACUGAGCCUGUUCCUGAGCACAUUGUGUUUUCUGUUAGAAACAUGUGGGGAGCAGAUCUGCACUGUGUGUUUCAGAGCUACUGGGGGAGAUGUGUUUGACUGGAUCCUGGACCAGGGCAACUACACAGAGAGAGACGCCUCUAAUGUCAUUAGACAGGUGCUAGAAGCUGUGGCCUACCUGCACUCCCUCAACAUUGUGCACAGGAACCUCAAGCUGGAGAAUCUGAUGUACUACAACCAGAACAACCACAACAAAGUGGUCCUGCGCGAUUUUUACCUUUCGCGGUUUGAGAACGGCUCUAUCACCGAGCCCUGCGGGACUCCCGAGUACCUGGCUCCAGAGGUGGUGGCCCGACAUCGGUACGGCCGGCCAGUGGACUGCUGGGCAGUCGGAGUCAUCAUGUACAUCCUGCUCUCGGGCAACCCCCCCUUCUAUGACGAGACAGAGGAGGAGAACACAGACCUGCACAACCGAAUCAUCUUCUGCCGAAUCGUGUCGGGGGAAUUCGAGUUCGACUCCCCCUACUGGGACGAGAUUUCCCCUGCAGCUAAGGAGCUGGUCUGCCGUCUGAUGGAAGUGGAUCCCAUGCUGAGAAUAACGGCCCAGGACGCCCUCUGGCACGAGUGGAUCGCUGGCAACGGGGCGUCGGAGAAGAACCUGAAGGAUGGCGUCUGUGCCCAGUUCGAGAAGAACUUCGCCAAGGCGAAGUGGAGGAAGGCCAUCCGAGUGACCACCUUCAUGCAGCGCCUGCGCGCCCCCGAGGCCGGCAGCGGGGGCGAGGGGGGGGCGCGCCUGGCCGUCACCCCCCGCACGUCCAUGAGUGUUUCCCACAAGGUGACGGUGGAGAGCCGGCCGGAGCAGGCCGGGAUUCCCAGCAGCCUGUCGGUGGGGGUCUCCCCGACCUCCACCACGGACCCCCUUCCUCCAGGCGAUCUUGGGCUGCAGCCAGAGGGGGGGGCGGCCAGCGACAGCGCGGGGACGACGGCGGCCAGCCUGGGGCCGGACAAGCCCAGAGCGCCCCCCGACAAGCCCCCCCCUUCGCCCCGCGUCGAGACCAGGAGGGUCCCAGACCGCGGCACCAAGGUGAUCGUACUGGAGCACCCGGCCAGCCCCGGGGAGACGAGGUCGGGGUGCCCCCCGGACACCCCCAACAGGCGCAAGAUGGCAGCUGUCCUGCACCGCUCUGCGGACGACGCCGCCUCCCCGGCGGACCCGGAGACGAGGGCCGGGGGGCCGGCAGCGCGACCGCGUGCCUCCGCCUGGACCCUCCACGCUGACAUUCUGAAACCGUUACCUCACAUUUCAAAUCUGCGCUUCAACAUGACCGUCGGCACCAACAGACCGCCUCGCCACCGGGCAGCAGAGCCGGACUACAACUCCCAGCAGCCUGCGCGGCAGCGCUCGGACCGGGAGGACCCAAGCCAUGCGAACAGAAGGGGGGGCGAGAGUCCUAGUUGUAUGGUGGCGCGGCCCCCCGUCGGAGCCCCUCUGUCCGCACAUGUUGCUUUAUUCUCGCUGCGCUGCUGGGAACCGGCGAGCCGCCUGUCUCUUCCCGUCUGGUGCCAGACACAGCUGCCCGAGGCCGUGGCGGAGAGGAGGGGCGCAAGGGAGCCCCAGGACGGGAGCCCCGGACGCAGGGACCCCGGCGCGGCCCGGGGCUCCCCGGGCGCGGCACACCGGAAGACCGUGCCCGUCCAGGGGCAGCGCGAGGCCGCCGGCGACUGGCACAUGGACAGCGUGAUCGAGCAGAUCGAGAAGCAGAUGGCCGCAGUGCUGGAGAAGAUCGAGGGCGACAUGCCUUCCCUGCUGGAGCAAAUCAGCGACCGGCCCUCCCCAGCGCGCGCCCCCCUGGCCCCCGCCACGCGCCCCAGCCUGCCCCCCUUCCCCCACCUCACCAUCCCGCCCUGCGCAGCCCCCCCGCCCCCUCCGCCGGAGCCGGAGCCAGGAGAGCAGCCGGAGGGUGAGGCCGGACCCGGCCAGUCGCAGAGAGGCUUGUGA